AUGUCCGUCGAAAUCGAUUCGCAAGAGCUUGGCUUUCACCGUCCUUUUACCACUGAGGUGUCGCAAACAUUGAGAAUCAGAAAUCCGAAUCGUACUCCCGUUGGUUUCAAGGUCAAGACCACUGCGCCCAAACAAUACUGCGUGCGACCAAACUCUGGUAAAUUGGAGCCGGGAAGAAGCAUAGAUGUCACUGUUCUUUUACAGGCAAUGAAGGAUGAGCCACCUCUCGAUGCAAAGUGCAGAGAUAAAUUCUUGGUUCAGUCGGUCGAAAUCACACCAGAUAAGGAGUUUGUCGAUUCGCCCUCAAACCAUGUCGACCGAGCAGAUAAGAAGGAUAUCCAAGAGAAGAAGAUUCGUGUCGUUUUUCUCCCACCAAAGUCGACAGGAGUAGCAGCCAAUACACCUUUGAGAAAUGGUGUUAAUGGAGCAAAUAGUGCGCUUUCAACCCCAGACACUGCCCCUCCAGCCUAUCGAUCAGUAUCUCCCGAAGAACAUUUCACCCCUGCAGCAAACCGUGUCGUACCAGGAAACUCAGGCCCAGCCCCCUCCGUCAGUAUCAACGACGAGCCAAUCGGCAAUCGCAACCUCGGCGAUGCUCGCUCUUCUGCUUUCAACCCCGCAGCUAGUACCAGCAGAGAAAGUAAUGCAUCCGCAGUCACCGCCCCAACCGGAAUGCCUACCUCCGUCGAAGAACUCCAAGCCCAACUCAUCGAAGCGAAGAAAACUAUCGCAUCCUACGCCGAACAAGGUGGUAUGAGAAUGAGAAAAGUGGCAAAUGGGGAAACGUCAAAUGAGACGGUCAAUGAAAUGGCUACCAAGUUGCAAGGUGUAGAAGGUGUACCUGUACAAAUCGUCGCAGCUCUAUGUUUGCUUAGCUUCUUACUCGCAUACCUGUUCUUUUGA